UUUUAUGCUGAAUGUUUGUCCCGAAACACGUGUGCAAGGCCCUCUUUAUAUCACGUCUCAUUUGAAUGUCUAAUUGUCAGACAUGCCAGGACACUGGGAAGAACUGGCGGGAAUAUUUUAUGUGGGAGAGAAGAAGUCUGAGACAAAGAAUAUCUGUUUUCUAUCUCGCCAGUUUUUAAGUGACUGGCGAUACCUGAGGAUGGGUGAGGAGGCAGACAGCAUGGUGCCCUGUGAUCCAAAUGACUGCUCACCUGGGAAGGAUGAUGCUGCUGAUGCUGAUGAUCAUACUGGAAGUGCUACAGGCAUCAAAGGCAGGCCGAUGGAGCUUUACCAGGCACCCCUACAGGAGUAUAGUGAAGAAUUUGUCCAGGAUAUUGAGGCAAUGAGGGCCAUGGGCCUGCCCCUUUCAUUCACCAACCGCCAAGCAAUUGAUAUUGAUGAGGAGGAAUGGGUGGCCACUGCCAGUGAGGCCCCGCCUCCAGCACCUGCUGCUGUGACAUCACACCAUGUAUCUGUGACAUCACUGGAGAUGGACGCGUGUGUGACGUCACCCCGCUCGGCGGUGUCGGGCUCCUCGGAGGUGACGGAUCAGACGGAGGAGAGCGUCCCAUCGCCGGGCGGCCUGGAGUGGCUGCGGUGCGACUACGGCGGUGGUCGGGGCGAGCCUAGUCUAGAGUGGCAGGUGUGUGAGCCGCGGCCCGGCUCUGCCGAUCUCCAGCGCGCCUGGGAGCAACACUGGGCCGCCUGUGGCGAGGCCGAGGUACUCCGCACGUGGACGGAGAAGUACCGCGACUACAUCGACCCUGCCUACCUGGAGGGCACUCAGGACACUGCCGGUCACGACUCCGAUGCCGUCGCCGACUCCGCCGCCGCCAGUUCUACUGACACAGCGGAUCCCACAACAGGGGACGUCAGCUCGGGUGUGACUGAGGAUCGACUGUCCAGCACCGAGCGAACAUCGGGUGCCAUGUGCGAGGAUCAGGUCGGUGUGCCAGCCUCGGCCUCUGAUGAACCGCACUCAACGUCAGGCUUGGGCGAUGGACAGGACGGAACUAAACCCACUCCUGGUCCCAGUCUGUCUACAGCUGAAGACUGUCAGGAGGGCGAUCAGGCAGACGUCGAGAAUGAGUCUGGUCCUGACGCCGUAAAGAGUGAACCACAGCAGUUCAACUGGGAUGAGUUGUGGCAACAGCACUAUCAGGAGGUUUACAACCAGAUGAUGGCGUCUUUCACCGACGGCUGGGGCAAAGAGACGGAAACGACGGGGGUAGAGACGGCGGGGAACGAGGCUAAUGCUGGGUCGGGCACAGACCCAAAGAACGGAGUGGAUGACGUGAAGGACGGAGUGAGUGUGCAAAAGAUGCCUCAGGAUGGGAUGACGAACGAUGUGGCAGUGGAAAAUACCGGACAGCAGGAAAAGGAACUGAAGAGUAGCGGAAAGAAGAAAAAGAACAUGUCUUCUAGAAAGGCCAAAGAGAUGAAGCUGAACAGUGUGGGCGCCCUGCUGCAGCAGCUGGCAUCUGAACCUGAGCCCCAACAGCAGCAGGAUCCGACCGUCACGGCAGGUUCUGACGUCAUUGGGAACGAAGUAAAUGGUUCUACGGUUCAACUCGGGGAUGAUGCCGCGGCACAACCGGAAAAAGAAAAGGAGGACGGCAAAGCAAGAGAGGACCAUGAGGAAGAGGAGGAGGAACCGACGCUCUCUGGGCCGGGAACGCUGUCACACGCCGAAGGUGCUCUGACCAUGCUGGGAUUCUGUCACGCUCCGCCCGCUGAUGACGACACAAGACCAAAGGCCGCACACGUCAUCUACCGACAGAAGCGACUGAAGCAGAAGACCCGCUCGCUGAAUAUGACCAAAACGGCCUUCAAACAUGAUGAUCUCUUGAAACGGACACAGAACCUGUUGAAGAGGUUUCAAGAUGACGCUGCGCCGGCUGCCGAACCGACCUCAGAGUCAUCUACUGCCGACCAACCGUCCGGCCUUCCAAAUGGGACAUCGAACACGGAUUCGAACAGCUCCGGUCCAUCCACUGAUGUCUCAGAGUCACCUGCUGUGGUCUCCGCUGUCUCCCCGACUCCAGAGACAGCCGGAGACACAACCACCCCCAUCCCUGCCCCCGCCUCUGCCAGUGAUAGUCGACGAUCGGCCCCCUCCCGGGACAGAGGCCGGGGUAGGGGCGGGAAGAGAGCGGGCUCCAAACGCUCUCGCCCGGCCCAGCCGAUGCCAGAGGAGAUGAGAACGUCGACCGAACUGCAGAAGUACUGGUAUCAGCGCUACCGGCUCUUCUCCAGAUUUGACGAGGGUAUUCGUCUGAGCGGCGCCAGCUGGUUCUCGGUGACCCCCGAGCAGAUCGCCCGGCACCUGGCCGACCGGUGUCGCGCGGACGUCAUCGUUGACGCCUUCUGCGGCGCCGGCGGCAACGCCAUCCAGUUUGCCAACACGUGCGAGAGAGUAAUCGCCGUGGACAUAGAUCCAGAACAGCUGGCGUUGGCCCGGCACAACGCAGCCGUCUAUGGAGUCCAGGACAGGAUAGAGUUUCUGGUGGGCGACUUUUUCCAGCUGGCGCCGCGACUCCGGGCCGACGCGGUGUUCCUGUCGCCGCCCUGGGGAGGUCCGCUGUACUGUGACGCGCCCGUGUACGAUAUGUUCCGUCUGGACGGCACCGUGGACGGCCGGCAGAUGAUGAGUGCCGCCCGCAACAUCACAGAAAACAUCGCCGUGCUGGCGCCGCGUAACGCCAACGUCCACCAGCUAACGGAGCUGGCCGGGCCUGGCGGUCAAGUAGAAAUCGAGCAAAACCUGCUCAACGGAAAAAUCAAGACCAUCACCGCCUACUAUGGCGAUCUGAUAGCCUGCGGCGGAGAAAACAUGGGAGACCUCCUGGAUGUAAUCGACGCAGAGGCCUCUGACUGGCUUCGGAGCCAGGCGGCGGAAUCUGCCACUGCGGUGAAAACGGCGCGACCAGCUUCGUCCGGAGAUCCUGACCUUGGCGUGGCGGAGUCGUCGCACGCUCCAAUCGCUCCAUCGCAGUCCACCACCGGAGAUCAGAUGCACCUUCUUCUGGGUUGCUCCAUCGCUCGUGACGCAGGACUGAAGGCCGGAACCGACCUGAUCCUCAACAGAGCGCGCGAGGGAAACACCUGGGAGAGGGCCGCGGAAACCAUCCAGCACGACUUCGAGGUCUGGGAGUCUGCAGCAGCGGCUGCCGGUCUCGGGCGCGGCCGGGUCAUAUUCUGGUUCUCCGGAAACGAGGUGUAUGACCAGAAAACUGGAUAUGACUGCCUCAACGAGCGUGGGCCCCUGGAUUCGGCCAUCGCACAUGUGAUCAAUACCGCUGUGCAAGACCAGGGGCGGCCACUCAUCCUGGGACCGCUGCCACGUUUUCAAGUGGACCGAUUGCUCCGCUGGGAGAAAACUGCCGCCAACAAACUGGAACGGAAGGUUAAAGGGGUGGCGGCUGAAGUGGACUUUCACUCGCUGGGCAAGGCCCUGACGAAGAAGUUCCGCCGGCAACAUGUGGUCGUCGACAAGUGCCACGAGUGGUUCGCGGCGGACGGCAUCCACCUUUCCCGUGCGGGUUACGCUAAGGUGGCGGACGCCACCUAUUUCCCCCGGUGGCUGAGUGUCCUCAGCAGCGAUGCCUAAUCCCGGGGUGGGAACGUAGCGGGUUGAGUUUUUUUACGUUUUGUUUGUUGACUUUCGCGAUUAACAACUAUUGUGUAAAACAUUCAUUUGCAUGUGUGUGCGCAUGCGUGUUUCUUUCGGCACGAAAGCCUUUUCUUUCGAGGGAGCAUUGUAACGCAUGUUAAGUUGCACGUGUUUGAUAUCCGUUGGGCUGUGCGAUCGGCUGUUGGUGACAUCGCGCGGCUCGCUGGGGUCCGCUGCUUCUGGCCGCGGCCAGCGACACACAGAACCUCGCCUCAGGGCAGGCUGCGCAUGCGCGGUGACCAGUCAGCGGACCGGAUAUAUAAAGCGGUCGACCCCGGCUCAGGUCACCGUUCCGUCAUUUCCAUUCUCGGGACAGUCAAAUCCUUCUCUUCCACGCCUAAAAUUCCUGUUCCGGGCUGGACGGGCAACUUUAUCCCAUGCGGGCAGCUCCCAUCGGAGCACACCUGUAGCCGGGUGCAGUGAGUACUUGGGGGCCGGAAAGCCUAUCCAUUUGGACGGGCUCGGCUCCGGUAACUAACUAGGGUGCCCGCCCAGACCAAUGUCUCCCCCUAAUUCCUUCCAUCCUCCCGGCUCUGCAAUGGUUAAAAUUGACCGAAGAGCCUAACCCAGCAAAGCAAACAAACAAAGGCUCAGGUCAGACGGUGUGCUCCAGGCUCUGUGGUGAGUGAUCCCAACGCUCGCAACCUGGGGGUGGCACCGAUUCGGGCGAGUGAUCCGGACACUCGUUCUGGGCCCUUGGGCUGAACAGGGUAAGUGGUCGGUCGGGACGCUCGCCAGUGUCAGCAAUCGGGGUCAAGCUGAUUAGUGGAUAACUUGUUUGCAUUGGCUGGUUCAAACCGUUUGCGUUCAUUUGUGAAUAUAAGUUGUUUCGGAGAUA